AUGUCACAAGACGAAGCCCUAAUGGAGCGCCUAAAGGCCUCCCUCUGGUUCAGCAUCGGAAAGAUCGUCGACGAGGAGACCGCGAGACUCAAUACAACAGCAACUCCGCAGUUCAUCGGUGCAAUGACUGAGAUGGCUUGGGCGCAGAUUGAGAACGUAGCACAAGACCUCGAGUCCUUUUCUCGCCAUGCAGGCCGCACAACAGUGACGACAGAUGAUGUGAUGCUUAUCACACGGAGGAAUGAGGCUCUUGGAGAGAUCAUGAGGGAUUUUGUGGACAGGGAGAAGGCGGAGAAGGAGGUCGACAAGGGAGCUAAGGCGAAGGUGAAAAGGACGGCUGUGAAGGGGAGAGGGAAGUAG